AUGAUCAAUCUCUCCAAGAGUCUAAAUGUCACUAGUAUUUCAUGGGAUAUCAACAAAGAGCCAAACCCAUGUUUAUGGAAAGGAGUUAGCUGCAAGGCCCCUUCCAAUUCAUCUGUUAUCCAAAUUUCCUUAUCUGGGGUUUCUCUAUCUUCCUCAGAUUUUCUGCCCCUUGUUUGCCAGAUUGAGUCUUUGCAGAUUCUUGAUGUUUCAGGCAAUCUUCUGAGCAAAAUCCCAUCUGGGUUUCUCUCAGAUUGUGGAGAACUUGAUGGCCUAAAGCUACUCAAUUUUAGCUAUAACAAUUUGGACGGUUCUUUGCCUGUAUUUGUUGGUUUUGCUGGGUUGGAGUUCUUAGACUUGUCUCAUAAUAACUUGAGUGGAGCUAUUGAUUUAGAGUUAGAUGGGUUAGUUGGGCUCAAAAGCUUGAACCUUAGCGUGAACCAUUUCACUGGCUCUGUUCCUACCCGUCUUGGAAAAUCCAAGGUCUUGAAGGCGCUUCAGCUUUCUAUGAAUAAGUUUCAUGGCAUAAUCCCUGUUGAUAUUGUAGGUUACCGCAAUUUGACUCUGAUUGAUUUUAGCUCAAAUAAUAUUUCUGGGUCUGUUCCUGACAGAAUUGGAGAGCUCUCCAAACUUGAGGUUUUGAUUCUGUCGUCCAAUAGUUUAUCUGGAAUCCCACAAAGCCUUUCGAAUAUCACAAGCCUUACCCGUUUUGCUAUAAAUUCUAACAAAUUCAACGGUGCAAUUCCUGCAGGAAUUACAAAACAUCUGAGAAAUUUGGACCUAAGCUACAAUAGCUUAAGUGGUUCGAUUUCAUCGGAUCUUUUGUCCCCAUUGAAUCUGCAGACUGUGGAUUUGUCUAACAAUGGAUUAAGCGGAUCGAUACCUACAGCUCUUUCUCCGAGCUUGGUCAGAUUGAGAUUGGGAAGCAAUUCACUUGAUUAUGUAAUUCCAACUGCGGCCAUUGCGACACUCCAAAACUUAACUUACUUGGAGCUGGAAAACAAUGCAUUGACCGGAUUGAUUUCUCCUGAAUUGGGUUUUUGCCAGAAUUUGAUGCUGUUGAAUUUGGCUGGGAAUCAGCUCUCCGGGUCUCUGCCAAUGGAGUUGGGUAAGCUUAGCCAUCUUCAAGUCUUGAAACUUGAACUUAACCUUUUCACUGGACAAAUCCCAAUUCAAAUUGCUCAAAUGUCGAAGUUGUCGAUUCUGAAUAUCAGCUGGAAUUCUCUGAAUGGUUCGAUACCACCUUCGGUUGCAAGCUUGAAGAAUCUCAUUGACAUGAAUUUACAAGGCAACAAUCUCAGUGGUUCGAUACCGGAAAAUAUUGGCUCCAUGACUUCUCUGAUGGAACUCCAACUUGGAGAAAAUCACUUGAGCGGUGACAUUCCAAGCAUGCCAACUACUCUGCAGAUUGCUUUGAAUCUCAGCAGCAAUCUGUUUGAAGGACAUAUUCCGGUAACUCUUGCCAGGCUCACGGGAUUAGAAAUUCUGGAUCUCUCAAAUAACAAAUUCUCAGACUUGAUGAUAAGGAUAAAUGAGACGCAAAAUAUCAAUCAAUGGGCAAAGUUAAUUUACACCUUGAAGAGGAGGGUGCAUGGAUAUCAACAUAGCUGUUUCAAAAACCUGUGGCUGAGGAGCUCAGCACUUCCACUGCAAGGGGGGAGGUCAGGCAAAAGGGGGCCUCAGCCCAAAAAAUGCCUCCAGCGCGCAAGGUCCAACCCGAGCAAGAAUCGUCUGGGUUGUAGCAUGAAGUCUACUAACGUCAACCGUGAUAUAAAAGCUGACAUUAGCGUGACGUCAACGCUAACAUAA